CCGGAUUCAUUCCUGUGGGGCGCGGGGCAUGGACGAGCUGUGCGGCUGCAGGCGGAGCAGGCCGGCCCCGGCGGCGGCGCGGACAACGGUUUCCAUUUAAGGGGGGCGGCCCGAGCGUGAGCGGCCGGCGGCGGCGGGGAGGCCCGGCCCCCGGGCAGUUUGGUGCUCUGGUUGUCAGAUGUUGGGAGGCGGUAAGACAGCAUACUUUUCGUGGUUUUAUAUCCGUUCGGGGUGCAGCGAUUAACACUGAACUUUGGUUCCUGUGACUCUUGCCUGUGUCGAUAGAGUGAAGCUGGAGCUUUGCUUUGAAGGAUAAAGAAAGCGCAGCCUCUCCACCGGACAUAAAUGGAUCUAAAGACAGCAGUAUUUAACGCAGCUCGGGAUGGCAAACUCCGGCUUCUCACCAAGUUGUUGGCAAGCAAAUCCAAAGAGGAGGUUUCCUCCUUGAUCUCUGAAAAAACAAAUGGAGCCACGCCGCUCCUGAUGGCCGCCAGGUACGGGCACCUUGACAUGGUGGAAUUCCUCCUAGAGCACUGCAGCGCCUCCAUAGAAGUGGGGGGCUCUGUCAACUUUGAUGGCGAAACCAUUGAGGGGGCUCCCCCGCUGUGGGCCGCCUCUGCAGCAGGACAUCUGAAGGUGGUGCAGUCUUUGUUAAAUCAUGGAGCGUCUGUCAACAACACAACUCUGACCAACUCCACUCCUCUGCGAGCUGCCUGUUUCGAUGGCCAUUUGGAAAUAGUGAAGUACCUCGUGGAACACAAAGCUGAUUUGGAAGUGUCCAACCGCCACGGGCAUACGUGCCUGAUGAUUUCGUGCUACAAAGGACACAAAGAGAUUGCUCAGUAUUUACUUGAAAAGGGUGCAGAUGUUAAUAGAAAAAGUGUUAAAGGUAAUACUGCAUUGCAUGAUUGUGCAGAAUCUGGAAGUUUGGACAUCAUGAAGAUGCUUCUUAUGUAUUGUGCCAAGAUGGAAAAGGAUGGUUAUGGAAUGACUCCUCUCCUCUCAGCAAGUGUUACUGGUCACACGAAUAUUGUGGAUUUUCUGACUCACCAUGCACAGACCAGCAAGACAGAACGGAUCAAUGCUCUAGAGCUUCUGGGAGCUACAUUUGUAGACAAAAAAAGAGAUCUACUUGGGGCCUUAAAAUACUGGAAAAAGGCAAUGAACAUGAGGUACAGCGAUAGGACUAACAUAAUUAGCAAACCAGUACCACAGACGCUAAUAAUGGCUUAUGAUUACGCCAAGGAGGUUAAUAGUGCAGAAGAGCUAGAAGGUCUUAUCGCUGACCCUGAUGAGAUGAGAAUGCAGGCACUAUUAAUUAGAGAACGUAUUCUGGGUCCUUCUCAUCCUGAUACCUCCUACUAUAUUAGAUACAGAGGCGCUGUCUAUGCGGAUUCUGGAAAUUUCAAACGAUGCAUCAACCUCUGGAAGUACGCUUUGGAUAUGCAGCAGAACAAUUUGGACCCAUUAAGCCCCAUGACCGCCAGCAGCUUGUUGUCUUUUGCUGAAUUGUUCUCCUUUAUGCUCCAGGAUAGAGCUAAAGGCCUGCUGGGCACCACCGUUACAUUUGAUGAUCUCAUGGGCAUCCUUUGCAAAAGUGUCCUUGAAAUAGAGCGAGCCAUCAAACAAACUCAGUGUCCAGCUGACCCGUUACAGUUAAAUAAGGCUCUUUCCAUUAUUUUGCACUUGAUUUGCUUGUUAGAAAAAGUUCCUUGUACUCUAGAACAGGACCAUUUCAAAAAGCAGACUAUCUAUAGGUUUCUUAAGCUGCAUCCAAGGGGAAAGAAUAACUUCAGCCCCCUUCACCUGGCUGUGGACAAGAAUACUACCUGCGUAGGGCGGUACCCUGUGUGUAAAUUUCCAUCUCUGCAAGUCACGGCCAUACUGAUAGAGUGUGGUGCUGACGUCAACGUCAGAGACUCUGAUGACAACAGCCCCCUGCACAUCGCUGCUCUGAACAACCAUCCCGACAUCAUGAAUCUCCUUAUUAAAUCAGGUGCACAUUUUGAUGCCACAAACUUGCAUAAACAAACUGCUAGUGACUUGCUGGACGAGAAGGAAAUCGCUAAAAAUUUGAUCCAGCCCAUAAAUCAUACCACAUUGCAGUGUCUUGCUGCACGUGUCAUAGUGAAUCAUAGAAUAUAUUAUAAAGGGCAUAUCCCAGAAAAGCUAGAGACCUUUGUUUCACUUCACAGAUGAUAACCCGACUAUCUUUUAGCACUGUUUAAAGCACGGAUCGCUGACAGUUGCCUCAUAAACGAGCACUGUUGUGAGAACACCAGCAUUCACUUAGCUUGAUAUCCUCGUGCUCUCAUUGGCUAAAGCAUUAGAAGCAUCAAAUUUACAGGAUUGGUUUCCCAGUAUUUAAUAUAAAUAUACCAUAUAAUAUAUUUGUGAAUUACUGAGAAAUGUAAUGUCAUUUGAAUUUCUAAAAUUGUCUGCCAAAGGCUUAUCUGUUCUGGUUCUAUUUGCUGUUGGGUGUUUGGGACAGAGUUCACUGUUUUUCAGUGGUGUCUUUAUACUUUAUUGGUUUGUGAAUUUUAUACAAUUGAAGGUCUUCUUUUUUUUUUUUUUUUUUCCCUGCUUCUCUUGUCCAAGCUUCUUCCUUAUUUCCACUUGAUUUUUUUCCUAACCAUUUCUACUUACCACUUUCUCCCCUCUUAACGGACCCAUGCUAGGUUGCACACCCUUUAUGGACCUGUUACCAUUUGCAAUUACCAUAAGUGCUUUAUCUUCUCUAUGCACCGGCUUAAACUUGACUGUUGUAUGUUAGCACAUUUUCUAUGCAGCAGUUGGUCAACUUCAACUCAGAACACUCUUAAGUUUGUUAUAAAGCUCAUUUUUUUGAAAGUAGUACUCUUGUAGCAUGACAAUUUUUAGAGCUGCAGGUUGGCUACCUGAGCUCAAGCUUUUCUGUUUUUUUUUUUUUUUUUUUCUUCUUUCUGAGGUUUCUCUCUCUAAUCCACUGAAAUUAUUGUGUGCUAAAUUUGGGAAACAAAUCUCUUCUAACUCAUUAACCCAGUUGAAAUUUAGGUCUGUCAUCUUAAUAUAUCAUGCAGUAAAAGGAAGACUCUUUACAAAGUGACCCACCUUUCAUGCUGCACCAGCGUUGUCCUGCUUGUGCUGAUGAUGUGAUUAGGUGUAGAGAAUUUGCUGAAAUUUAACCUCCAAGUUUAUCACACAGCUUUAAUGAGUCACAGUGAAAUACACAGUGAUUGAACCGCAGAUCACUUUUAGUUACAAAAAGAGCUAAAGCAUGUCAGUGGCAUGAUGCUUGCCAAGCCAGAUCUAGGCAUCUAGGAUAAUUAAGGUAUUUUAGUACGCAAUUUACUGCCGUAGUAUUAAAGGUCAGUAACAGUGUCCUUUCUUCCAGCUUACGUAUACCUUUAAAGAUAACUUGCAUGAAUUACUUUGGUCUCAGUUAUUUGUCACCACAGUUAAACACAAAAAGGUCGCAGUGCUUCCUAUUCCCCUACUGAAAGUUAUUAGCUUGACUCUGCUUUUCUUUUUUUUUUUUUUUUACGGUUUUUUUGUUUUUGUUUUUUCUUCCCAACAGCUUUGCUAAUGCCACAGAAAGGGCUCUUUUAAGAAAAGAUAAAUGAAAAGUACUAAAAAAGAUUCAGGUAAUUAUCAUUCAGCACUUUAUUGUUAUUCAGAAUAAAAUUUAUGACAGCACAUUUGCCCUGCAAAUGUCUUAAAGAAAUUGUUCUGAAUAAAAAGCUCCUUAUUUGAGGAAAAAAACCUCAAGUUUACCUGUGAGUUGAAUGAGCUGGAUCACUUGGGUUUUUGCUUGCAUUUUCUCCUGAGGGUUGAUGUCAUGGUAUUUACAGAGUCAUCACUGCAAAGAAUCACCUUAGGUUUAUUUCAUCUUUAUUCAGUUAAAAAAAAAACACACAAAAAAACAAAAAAAAAAAGCCCAACUCACGAAUAGUAGUAAAUUUAAAAAAAGCGUUAGACUUACUUUUCUAGUUAAAUAAUUGAGAUUUAAUCUUUUUUAAACUAUCCUUAUUUUGCUAGGUUGUGAAUUGCAUUUCACCAUUAAAAAGGGUAGAAUGGGAUGUAACUAGUCGUGGUCACUCUCCAGCCUUUUGAUGAAGAGACUUUAAACCUGUAUUUACCAUGGGCAGAUUUGUUGGAACGUUUGAGUUAUCACAUAUAUUAAGAGUUUGUGAUUAGACACACAUUCUAGAAAUAUCAGACAUUGAGAUUUUGAAAUCAUUUGCCUCUAACCUUGUGAUAUAAGGAGUACAUAUGCAUGAACUGCUUUUUUCUAAAAAGGGAAACUGUAAGUUCAGUAAAUCUACUCUAGUAGAUCCCAGUAAUUUGAGGGUAAAAGCUGAGCAAUUGGGUUUUUCAGUGACUUAAUAUUUUCCUCUCCUUUUUUGGGAGGGAAUAAGAAAGCUUUCAUGUUUUUAUGGUUAGGUGCACCUCCCUCUACUUGACAGGUGAACUUAACUUGUACGACUCUAGUGGAACUAAAGAUUUCUUUACAUCUAGCAUCUUCCACCACUAAAUAUUGAUUGCUUAAAACUGUUCGUCAGUGUUGAGAACUGAACUGUCUUAUUUCAGUUGGGAUACAAUUCUACUUCAUUGGCCAUCUCCCCAAACACUGUUAGUUCUUAACAAGUGAUUUGAUUUGAUAGCUCUGAACUGUCCAUGAUUUUAUUUUGGAGGAGGUUGGUUAAUGAAUGUGACCCCAGACACUGUUAAGGCUUUUGUUAGAAAGUAUCCUCAAAAUUGUUGACUGAAUUUAAAAAAAAAAAAAAUUGUGUUACUUUUUUUUUUUUUAACUACGAGUCCUUUAAAACUGAAUGAGCUAAUUGUGCUCCUGUGGGUCGAACUAAACUAUCCACUUUAGCACAGUGAUGUUGGCUGGAAUUUAUAAGUUGAUGCCAUUUCUGUAAAAAUGCCCUGUCAGACCUGCUGAAUUUUAGAUGUUCCACUACUGACCAUUCCUGGAGAAGAAACGGUCAUUUUACUCCAUUUACUCAGAUUAGAUAUCAGUCUACUUUAUACAGACAAGUGGAUUGUAGAUUUUUAAAAAAGGGUCAUUUUCUUAUCCAUAAAUCUGACAAGGGCAUAAAACCCAAAUCAGCAAAAAAGUAACUUGGUGCCCAUUACAAUUUUGAAGUUAAGUGAUUGCUUACUUGUAAAAUGACUACCUUAAUGUAUAGUAUUUAAGAGACCCCCAUCUACUGUGACUUGAGAAAACUCUUUAUGUAUGAAAAAAUUGCUCUUUAAAAUUAUAUCACCCGGCUGAAACCUUAGGUUGAAUUUUACAGGUAAAAUAGUCCUUGUAAUUAUCAGAAUUGUGGGGGCCAGAUGAGAUGAUAACCAUAUUCUUAUGCACUGCAACGGCAGCAUUAUUGCUUGGAACUUUAACCAUUUUAGAGUUAGAUCCUAAAGAUACUAAUUGGUCGUCAUCCUUUUUCUUAUUUCUUUUUUUCCCCCACCCUUAUAUAUCACUAAACAACUAGUUUCUCCCUUUCGUCACUUCCCAUUGUGUAUUUUUCAGAAGAAGUACUGUACUCAGAUGCCAGCCAAUAAAUUGUCACAUAAUGGAAAAUGAUAUGCCACAACAUUCAUUGUAAGGUUUAAUAAAAUUAAAUUUGCACCAAA